AUGAAAGGACCGAAUAAGAUGUCGGGAGUGCUUCUGUGUAAAGUGUAUAUCAUUGCAGAACUCACAAAGCGCGUCUUUAUGGACCACCUUGCUGCUAUGCGUUCCCCGGAGUAUGCACAACUUGUUCGUGCUGAGAUGCAACGUGAGGAGGCGCGUCGUGAUGCCCUGCAGGAGCGCGUCCGAACCCUGGAGGAGGCCAUCCGUCGCAUGCAUGCGGAGGGCAGUUCCCUUCUGACGAACUUUACCAAGCGCUUGGGCAUCCUAAUUACAACUCCCGCGGCCUUCUUCGCGGAGGCGCGAAAACUCAUCAAGCAACACCGUGCACUUGAAGAGAAGAUCUCCGAACUGCACUCCGAGGUGUCGCGACUCUCCGCUGCAAACCAGGAAUUGGUCAGACGGCACCAAGAGGAGGCAGCUCGAUUGCAGGCCCUCCUCCGACCCUUCACACCGACGGCCACUGGCCGAUCUUUCCCGGUUUCCGAGCGGCCCCCUCUACUGCCACGUGCUGAACCGCUCCGCCAC